AUGUCAAUCUAUAUCCUAACUGUUUUCUCAUCUCUUCUUUUUCCCUUCGUCUCGUCAACAAUCCAGGCACGGUGCAAUGGCUUCCAAUCUACAACGCCGAGGAAUAUCUCGUCUUGGACACCAAAGACGACAUCCCCUACCGCGAGCACCCCCGGUUCACGGCCAUCAUACAUGACACCCACCACGCCUUCUACCCCGACAACCCAUCCCUCUACCCCCAAAUCUCCCUUGCCUAUUACCGCAUGUUCUAUGACCUUGGCUUCUGCUACAACAAUUUCGGGAGAAAGCUUCCCACCAACAUCAUAUUGUGCAUGCAAUGACGGCUGGGUAGCUGGAAUUGGUACCACUGUCGGAAUUGAUAAGUCUACUACCUAUACCUGCGAGGUCAAUAAAACUACACUCAUCCCCCUCACGACAGUGGCACCUACCAAUGUACCGGGCAAAGGCGGCUUGCCUGGGUGUGCAGCAAUCAUAUCAACUACCGGAACAUCGGCCUAUUGCAACUGUGGGGGAACACCGGCCCCCACACUCAGUCCCACAGCUUCGGGGUUCAUAAACUGUGCCUACACUAUCCAGCCAUCAAGCUCUUAUAACCCGGCAAUACCAACCGCGCUCCCAUUUGCACCUGGGAGAUGCAACGUGCAAGUCUGGCAACGCGAGAGUGAAACGGGUACUGGGCCAGACACAUUUAUUACCGUUAAACUCACAGAUGCAAAAGGUAUGGUGAUUGGCCACAAUUCUGGUGGCCUGACCUGGGGUGAAACACUCGAAACGGAUAGCAAACUUCCAUUGGUUAUACUGGUGACACCGCGCACGGCUAUUAACAAUGAAAUGAUAAUUGUCGGCCCGGUUUCUUUUGCCAAGCAACCCAGUAUGAUCCAAUAUCCGCAAUUACCUGACCCAUCAGGGGAAAAGUCCCGGAAGAGACUUCGUAGCUCUUCACACGAGCACAAUACUCAAUAUGAGAAACUACAAACAGUUGGUCUAUUUGACAAAAAAAAUGCAAAAAAGAAAGAAGGAAAAGAGGCGCCACAAAGCACAGCACCUGAGGUAACUUCCAAACCGCCAGCCCCCACAGUUACCUCUGACGCCGAUGAACAUGGAACCCAGAGUAGAGGCGAUUUUUCCUCCUUAUUCACUGGCCCUCCAAAACCUACAAAGACUUCAACGUCGAUUGAGAAGGGUAAAGAGAUAGAUCACAUUUUGAAUACAUCGUCCAGGAAACCAUACGAAAUGUUGGGAAUAGCUGAUAAGUAUAAUGAGUUCAAUGCUUCCACAGCCGACAAAAAAACUAUUACAAACGCAUUUCGUCGUCUCAGCCGUCGUGUCCAUCCUGAUAAAAACGAGGACCCCAGGGCAACCAAAGCGUUCCAGAAGUUGAACAAAGCCAUGAAGAGAUUAGGAAUGCCCAGCGAAGCAUUUGCUGAGAAUGCAUACUCGAGUGCCAGUGAUCCCUUGACAGACGAAAGCGACGACAUAGAUGGAUAUGAUCAAGAUGGUGAUAUUCCAAUGAAAGAUAUCCCCGCUCAGGGAACAAUGCCUCGGUCCUAUCACGUGAAAAUGUACCAAAAAUGCACUCCGUACAUCCACCAACUUAUCAACGAUCCACGUAAUCAUGAAGCAGCGCUUGCCAUCGACCGCUGCAAUGAAAAACUCAAAGUUUACAAUAAAAAGCAUGGUAUGCAUCGAAAAGAAUGUUGCAUUUCAUAUGCAGGUCUUGUGGUGGAAGUCGUAUCUGCUCAAGAAAUAACGAAGUCGUUCGGGAAGACGCAAGAGCACUCUGACAAAAAAUACCGGACCGCGCAAGAAAAAAUUGGCGUGGCCAACCAGAAUAUCAAAAAAUGGGUUACUAGCAAUCAUUAUCCUCGAGAAUGGAUGGUGCAGUUUCAACUUACCAGGAGUGCCGAGCUAGAACGUACUAUGGCUGCUGAUUCAGAUACUGGAGACGAAUCGACCGUAAACAGCACCCCAGAACCAACGGUUGAACUGCAGCAUGCCGAUACCGGAGAUGAAUCGAUUAGCACCUCGGGGUCCGAGGCCAGCAGGACUCCCUGCCGAACCACGGACGGACAAAUAAUUAAAACUUAUCAUGCAAUGUCGUCCUAUCUAGGGGGGGCGCGGGGGUGCACGGUCGUGGUCCAACCUGAUGAAGAGAAGGCAAUUGGAGUUAUCCUACCCGGAUCAAAGAUUGGUAAAGAGGUUGUAAAAGCUUUCCUCAACAUGCCCAAUAAGCCGCCAGACUACGGAAUCCAGUCGAAAGAUUUCCAAUACAAAGACGCACGCUAUAUUGACAAGGUUACCUUUGUAGGAUUACGCCUAAAUGAUGACAUCAUCGACGACCCGGAGCACUGCGAUGCAGUAUGCGAAGUUUCUCUCGUGAAGCAGAGAAACGGCAGGUUUUACAAGUGGGAAAGAUGGCUGCGUUGGAAUAAAUUUAAAGAGGUAAUGGGAGAGAAGGUAGCUUAUGAUCUGGUCGUCAAUUUUUACAGUCGGGAGGGGACACAAGCACGUUCCAAAAGGAUUGAUAAUGUGCGUUCAAAAAAAUCGAUUGCAAAAAAAUCGAUUGCUAGCCGAAGAAACGUCAGAAGGAAUUCCCCCUCCAGUAGUGAAUCAGAGUUCAAGUCACCGAGUCGUGGGCGAAGAGCUAUUGCAAGCAAAUCGAACUGGGAGAAUGAGGACCCGGACAUUGAAUAUCUGGAAGAACGUAUUGCCUCGUUGCAGUUGGACUUGAAAAGAAUGCAAGUGAAGAGGCGAGAAAGGAGAUCAGCAGCAUCACCGGGUGGAUAUCCACGUCACAUCACCAAUGCCAUUCAAGUCCACAGCUGGGUAAUCAUGAUAGAACUAACUAAAGUCUAUGCUGUGACUUGCGCCGUUAUGGCCAUAUUACCUAUACUCCUUCGAGCGUUACAAAAAAUCGCCUGGGUGGCUCAUCAGCGACUUGGCUCCCUCGUCAUCCGAUAUCUCGCUCUGCCUUUGGUUUUCCCCCGAGCUCGAUUCUUCGGCAGUGUCACUUGGCUACGGCUCUGUUUUCAGAUGGGCUAUUUGGCCGUUAACAUUGUCACUAACGUACUCGGGGCACGGUCGCUGCGCGACACGGGUGACAGGUCGGCAAGCCUCAGCACCAUCAACUUCUCCCUUUUACUCGCCAGCCAGCCCGCUCUUAUCGCGGAUCUCAUGGGACUUUCAUUGAGGACCUACCUCCACAUUCAUAGCACGGUGUCCAUGGUAACCACUGCGCAAAUUUUAACCCAUUUCCUGAUCCUCCUCAUCGAAAAGCAAAUAUCCGUCGGAUCUGGAACUCAGUUAUAUGGAUUGCUGGCUGCUGUCGCCAUUGGCCUUAUCGUCAUAUUCCUGUUCCUGCGGCGGCCAUGUUAUGAGCUUUUCAUUAAAUCGCAUCAUGCCCUCACUAUUGUGGCAUUUUGUACCAUUUGGCGGCACACCCCAACAGAGAAUGCAUUUAUUCGUUAUUACCUUCUCGGUGGUGCGGCCGCAUUUAUCGUCACUUUGGUGAUUCAUGGCAUCUCUAUGCUUCUCUCUAAUAUAUCAGUUCACAGGCCGCUUCCCCGAACCAUCAUCAUCCCACAGAAAGAUUCUGUGACGUUGCAGGUGUCCAACAUCCAACCCUUCAAAGUCCGAGCGGGCCAGUUCUUUCAACUCCGAAUCCCUGGAGUGUCUGUCUGGUCACUGUUCCAGAACCACCCAUUUGCCGUGGCAUGGUGGGAGGAAGACGAAAAUGGAUGCGCUACAUCACUUUCCUUUCUGGUUCAGGUUCGGACUGGCUUUACGGCGAAGCUGCUUCGAAAUGCAUCGAGUAAUGCGGCCCAUCUGACGUGGGUGGACGGGCCGUACGGUGUACCAUUGGAUCUUCGUGGGUAUGGGUGUACUGUCAUGUUUGCCACUGGAAUUGGGAUUGCUGCCCAGAUUUCAUAUGUCAAGGAGAUACUCAAACAGCGUUGGCGAUGGCAAUCUUCUAUGCGAAAUAUAACCCUCGCUUGGGAGGUUGAGCACUCAAGUCAACUUGACUGGGUCCGCAACUGGAUGCAGGAGCUACUCAAGCAAGAUCAAGGUGGCUAUAUGCUGCGCAUCUACCUUUUUAUGCCAAAUAACACCGAUGCGCCUAGUAAAUACGGGAUCCAUGAUCGAAUUGAAAUCCUGCCCCAAAAUAUGAACGUUGGCUCAUUAAUCGAUGAAGAGAUCAAAGCCAGGAGCGGAAAAAUGCUGAUAACUGCUGCUACGCACAAAACUCGUGAUGAGGUGAGGUUUGCCAUCAUGGAGCGCACCAGCGCUUCUGGGCUGCUUUCAGAUCAACCGGCGAUAGUUUCCCCUCUUCACGACCAGAGGCCUAGGAUGGAGGUCUACAUUUCAAAUAUGCAGGCCAAUAUGAAAGAUCUAAUAAGAUCUUCCCGUGAAGAUCCAAAAGAUAGAAUAGGCCAAAAGGUGGACAAGUUGGUACAUUCAAUACAAGUGUUUCAUCGGCAUGUGCACCCUGUAUCAAACGACUUGAAUAGCCGAGUUCACUCUAUUGAUUUGGCUGAGUUGCUCUUUCAACCUAGUCGCAGUUACACGAUGUCGUCACGCCGAGACGUCUAG